GUUAAGAUACACAUAUACAAAAAUGCAUAUGCGCACACACAGAACAGAAAAGAAAAUGGAUAUGAAGACAGUAGUAGCAGAUAAGCCUCAUGCAGUUUGUAUUCCAUUCCCAGCUCAAAGCCACAUAAAGGCAAUGCUAAAGUUUUCAAAGCUUCUCCGCCAUAGAGGUUUUCACGUAACCUUUGUGAACACUGAGUUUAAUCACCAACGUUUUCUGAAAACUAAUGGUCCUAACUCCUUAGAUGGCUUGUCUGACUUUCGAUUCAAAACUAUUCCAGACAGCCUCCCUCCCAUGGAUCCCGAUGCCACCCAAGACCUUCAUUCUCUCUGUGAUUCCAUUAUGAAGAACUUUUUAGCUCCAUUUUCUCACCUCCUUUCAAAACUCAACAAUGCAACAUCAAACAUUCCUCCAGUGACUUGUAUUAUCUCAGAUGGUUUCAUGCCCUUCACCGUUACGGCUGCUCAGGAACUCAAAGUCCCUAUUGUAAUGUGCUUCUCUAUGGCUGCUUGCAGUGUAAUGAGUUUUAUGUGUUUUCCUGCCCUCAAGGACAAAGGUGUCAUACCACUUAAAGAUGAAAGCUAUUUAACAAAUGGGUAUCUAGACACUAUUAUAGAUUGGAUUCCAGGUAUGAGAGACAUUUGUCUAAAGGAUCUUCCAAGCUAUGUUCGAACCAUAGAUCCAAAUGAUUCUAUCCUUAAUCUUUUGAUUGAAACAGCGAAGAGAGAUCUUGAAGCUUCAAAAGUUAUUGUUCAAACAUUCAACAUGUUAGAGCAAGAAGUUUUGGAUGCUCUCUCAACCAUGUUUUCUCAUGUAUAUGCCAUUGGUCCUCUCCAACCACUACUCAAUCAAUUGCCCAAUGACCCUUUGGAAUCAAUUGGGUAUAGUUUAUGGAAGGAAGAAACUCAUUGCCUCAAUUGGCUUAAUUCUAAGGCACCUAACUCAGUGAUAUAUGUGAAUUUUGGCAGCGUAACUGUUAUGACACCACUACAGUUAAUUGAGUUUGGUUGGGGACUUGCAAAUAGUAAACAACCAUUUUUGUGGGUAAUUAGGCCUGAUUUAGUUGUUGGAGAAUCAGGGACUUUGCCACUUGAAUUCGAGAUAGAAACUAAAGAAAGAUCUCUAAUAAUUAGUUGGUGCCCCCAAGAAGAAGUGCUAAGCCACCCUUCGGUUGGAGGGUUCUUAACACAUUGUGGGUGGAAUUCAAUUAUUGAAAGUUUGAGUGCUGGAGUGCCAAUGCUUUGUUGUCCAUUCAUUGCAGAUCAACAAACAAACUGCAAGUAUACUUGCAAUGAAUGGGGCAUUGGCAUGGAGAUCAAUAAUGAUGUCAAGAGAGAAGAAGUGGAGAAGAACGUGAGAGAGUUGAUGGUAGGAGACAAGGGUAAAAAAAUGAAAAAAAAGGCCUUGGAGUGGAAAAAAUUGGCCGAAGAUGCAACUGAUCCACUUGGUUCUUCAUCCAUCAAUUUAAAUAAUCUUGUGAGUGAAGUGCUUUUAUCAAAAGGCCAAAUGUUCUAGGGAAAUAAUGACAAUAAUAAUAAAAUGUCUUGUGUUGUAUUUGUUCAA